AUGCCUUGGACAAUACCGCCGACGCUGGCUGUAUUAUGGGGAGUUUGCUGGAUGUUCUGGCCACCGCUACAUCAUUCUGUACCUGGACAAUUCACGUACAAUCCACGAGUGUCUGAACCGUCUGGGAAUGGAGUUAAUGCUGCCUCAGAAUUUGAUGACAUAGACAUCAGCCAAAUAAGUCCAGGGGACAUUGACUUUUCCCAGUACGAUUUCACCCCUCAACUUUUCGACAACCUUGGAUAUACUGACUGGACCGGUAUUGUGGGCGACAUUGUACUAUCGAAUGAACUCACAAUCAGUACGAGGGUCACCAAUCCAGUUGGUGCUCUCAUCAGCGGAACUUCGAGUACAGAGGCACCUGCUACUACUUGUUCCGGCUUGUCGCACAAUCUAGAGCAGAACGAGGGCUCAUCUUGCAUUAUAUCAAAGCGGAGCAACACUGACUCAGCAAGUGCAGAUAAAGAGCGAAUAGAUGAUACUCCUGCUCUUACCCUAGAUGUGUCAUCGGCUACGAAAAAGUUUCGAUGUCUGGACUGUGGUGAAGGAUUUACUCGGGCAUCGACAUUACAACGCCAUCAGAGCGAGAAGCACAGUGACAAUCCCGAGACUUUCCCUUGCCCUAACACCGGCUGCAGAAGAUCAAAUACACAGAAUGCUUUCAAACGUGCAGCCCACUUGACAAGACACCUGAAGAGUUGUAAAAAGCAUUCGGAGCGGCAAAAAUCUUUUCAAGCGAGGUCGUCCGAGCAUCAUUUAGGUUACCAAACCGACAGCAGUUUUACUUCAACCGUUAUUGAUGAACACAAGGAAGCUGGAAAGAAAAGAAAGGCCACAGAUGAGGCGGAUUCAAGCACACAGACGAGUGAGCUGGUCAUAGCCUUCCUUAGGAAAAGGAGGAGGCAGUUACUGGCGGAAGCAGAGGCUGGAGAGGAAAAAGCCAAGGCGCAAAGAGAAGAAGCUACAAAGCUUGCAGAAUGCAUAAGGAGUUUGGAGGGUGAGAGUGGAGAUGGAGCAGGGAUAUAA